UUGUACCUUCACUACCUAUCGAAUUAUUAGAACUAGUUAGCAACUCGUUAAAAUGAGACCAAUUGUGACUUUCGUGGUGGUUAUUCUCUGUGUAAUGAAGAUCACAUCGACGGUGAGUUUAGGAGAGAGUCCAACCGAUCAAAUAUUAAAAGUUGAGAACUCUGUCGGUAAAAUUUUACUGAGUCUCAAUAAACUCAGGGGCAAUCUGAAAGAGGCGCUUGCAGCGGGACGGAUCGUCAAUCCAAAGUCGAUAAUCACAACUGCCAGUGGCGUGGUGCAAGAAUUAACGGAAACCAGCAACAUAACCGAGACACUGCUUCAGCAUUCCCAGUAUGAGCAGUACCGCACAAUCACUUCGUCGUUGAGGAUUAUUCAUAACACCUGCGCCAGAUUGGCUAUCGAAUUGGAAAAGGUCAUCCCGAUCGUCGAGUCUGGUACUUUCUCGGACGAACUGCUAGAGAAAACUGUCAACAUUAAUCAACAAAUGGACGUCGGCCACAAUUUGCUAAAAAGAUACCUGCAAAUACUAAUCGAAACAUCCUGAUUGUGGAAUGUAGCAAUCCAGUGAACGAUGUGAACAUGUUU